UCGUUUCGUUGAAUAAAAUUACAGUUCAGGAAGAAUUGAUUUUGUCUUGUUAGUGUAUUGUAACUGAAGGAUAAUAAACAUGAAAGAACGGUUGAGGGCACGCCUACGGAUGGUGUUCUUGGCCUUGGUGAUGCUGGACCCGUGCUUUGUCAGGAUUAUCCCAGCAAACGAAGACCUAGGGUCCUAUCGAUUUUGCUCUAGUACCGAUACGGCUCUCCUGUACGAAUAUCGUGUGGGAGGAUAUAACUAUACAACUGCUGUGCAAGUGUGUGAAGGGUACGAUGGCAAGUUGCUAAGCCUGGAAACAUUUCAAGCAAACUGUACCGAUGGCAUGCAAUUCAGCAUGAUGGCCGCAUGGAUUGGCGACAAAGGUUAUCAAAAAUCCAAUGGAGACUGGGUAUACUGGUCUACUAACAACUAUGGAUAUUUUGAGAAUCAAGGCUUACAAGCUAUAUGUGAAAUUCCCUGUAAUCGCACUGCUGGAGAUCAUAUUGCUGGAAUAACACCAGAUGGCAGCGUCAUUUGUGAUCCUGGAUAUGUAUACCGCCAUAGUCAACCAGUGUGCAAAGAAACAACACAAGUUCUUUCAUGUGUUCUACACAGAGAACUAGAAGGCUAUCGCUUUUGCUCCCGAACGCAUACCAUCCUACAAGAGGUGCGUCAUACCGAUGGAUUUUACUAUACAGCCGCAGUGAAGGCAUGCAAUGCGAUUAAUGGCCAAGUUCUAAGCUGGGAGGCAUUUGCAGCACAUUGUGCGGAUGACAUGCGGCUGGACAAGAUGAGCGGAGCCUGGAUUAAAUCCAACGGUUUUAUCCAUUCAAGCGGAAAACACCUGCAUUUGUCUACUAACAACGUUAGCAUUCACAGUCCUAUUCGCACUAUAUGUGAGAAUCCUUGCAGACGCUCUGUCGGGGAUCACAUUUCCGCCAUAACACCAGAAGGCAACGUCAUCUGCGAUCCUGGAUAUGUAUACCGCCAUAGUCAACCAGUCUGCAAAGAAACAACACAAGUUCUCUCAUGUAUUCCACACCAGGAACUGGAGGGCUAUCACUUUUGUAACCUUACCCGUACCGUCCUCCAAGAAACCCCUCGCGAGGUACGGUUAAACUAUACUACUGCAGUACAAGUAUGCGACGGGAAUAAUGGCAACGUCCUGAGCUGGAAGGCGUUUAAAUCACAUUGUGCCACUGGCAUGCAGUUCGACGAGAGAAAAGCUGCCUGGAUCAGGUCCAACGGCUAUAUUGCUUCAACUGGAAAGCGCGUACGGUGGACUACAAAGGAUUUUGGCAAAUAUGAAGACGGACCUUUGCGCACUAUAUGCGAAACUGCUUGUCAACGCGCUGCCGAAGAUCACAUUUCUACCAUAACACCUGAAGGCAACGUCAUCUGUGACCCUGGAUAUGUAUACCUCCAUAGUCAACCAGUGUGCAAAGGAACAACACAAGUUCUCUCAUGUGUUCGGCAAUUGAACAAUAGCAGUUCAACAUUGUUGGUGGUUGGUAUUGGAAUUGGUUCCUUUGCGUUUGGUUGCAUCAUGACGGUCAUUGUGAUCAGUAUGUUCCAACGGAUACGAUCAAAGGCAAACAAAAUCAGGAAUGAACCACAGGUGUCAUCUGAUGCUCUGCAUUGUAAUGAAGGGGCAGUCAACAUGACGGAGAGUGACCUAUACGGAAACAGCGAAUCAGAUCCGCAGGCAAACCGACCAGAUCGUGAUUGUAAUGUAUAUACCAUCACUCACUGAGCAUCCACAUCAGCCCAUGUUUCUCAAGACCUGGCACGCACAUGUUUUACUUGUCGCAUAAGUACUCCUCUGUAUCUCACUCCUUAAUUAUUAAUUAAAACUGCAUAUAGUUGCCUGAUGAUCGUAGUAAUACGUGAAACUCAGAGUUGUAACAAAGCUUCCAAUCUCUCUCUUGUGUACAAGGCUCUGCCAUACAUGGGUAUUGAGCACUCUUCGGACAGUGAAGCACACCACGUGACUACGUAAAACUGCAUUAUACAUGUUCACAUACUACAAUCUCAUCAUCAUCAUCAUCAUCAUCACGACUCUCACACAAUCCUUAGCUCUCCCGUAAUGUAUAUUGCAUAUUCUUCCUACAGAGAUUCUCCCGUUUAUGUCAGUAACGAUGUGCACAAAGUGUUCCAAAUCCGACAUUACUUUACCCACGAAUGCUGUGUGAGGUCGGAUUACAUUCAAUGAAGUAUAUCAGUAGGACAUGCCCUCUAUGUUUCUAAAUGUAUUGGUAAUGCUCGAAUUGACACCGAUAUCGAUUAAAUUUUUAAACCCUUGUUACCCUUUUAUGCAUGUCAUCAAGAGUAGAUAAACGGAUUGGUCAGCCCACGACGAAAAUGUUUGGCGCCCCAGAUGAUGGUGCGAGUCUUAAGUGAAGUUUUGCCUCAUGCAUUUGGCUGGGCUUUACAAUACAAGGUCGGUGCCCAGCACGUGCUCUCACACUGCUCUGCGGCAAAAUGCAGAACACGCGCCAUGUUUUCCGAACAGGGUGACGUUAACAAAAAAUUCCUCCAUGUGCCGGGUAUCUACAGAAUCGAUUGAUUGUGCAGGAGAGGUGCGGAGUUGCACAAUCUUGUUUAUCUACUCUUUAUGUCAGGUUUGGUCGCGUGACAUUAUUUGCUCGUCACGCUGCAUGAUGGUACUGUAGUUGCUUCAAUCCCGUUGUUCGUUGUUCUCCUUUGCUUAACAUGACGUUGUGUUCUCAGAGGGUGUAUGGCAUUCUUAUUCUAUGUGAGUAUUCGCUUCAUUGAAUUCUGCUGUAUUUGACUAGGGUUCAAAAUUACUGAUCCCCUUUUUCCUUUUAUGCAAUUGGUUUCAAUGUUAUUAACAUUGUGUUCUAUGUCUGCUAACGCAGUAAGGAGGGCGAGCUGAUGCGGCAUUUGAUUCAGCUCGUCCUCCUUAUUGCGUUAUUAAACUUGUUGUCUCCUCCCCGAAUAUUUAAAUACUUCAGGCCGACAUGUGUUCUACUUCUCCAUUAUUUGCAAAUUGUUUUUUGUUCGCCCAUAAAAGAGGUUUCAUGAUUAUUUUGCUGCUAGGUUCAUGUUUGCUUAUGGAUACAUUAUCGAGAGUUGCCAGAUUUGCACCUAUCCCUGAGAACACUCUUUCCAUUUUAUGCAAAUAAUUAUUACCCAUCGGUUUCCGAAUGUUUGC